GAUAUUUUUUUGCCUAUCGAGCGACACACAAUACGGUCACAUUGAGGGCAACAUUUUAAAGAAGAGAAGAAGUUUUCACACGCUGCUCUUUUCUGGAAUUGGAAUAGUUCAGUGCAGCGGUCCAGAGCCAGGGAUCGACAUCCACAUUGCCUUGCCGCUCCACAACCCAUCAUCAUCACAGUUUGCGCCCGCCUGCCCGUACGUACGCCGUUCGUACACAACGUACACACCGUUCACCUCAGGCCGGAGGAAUAAGCUAAAGAAAUCAAAAUUAACGCGGAGACAACCUCUGAGCGACGCAGACGCGAACGCCGCUUCUACUACAAAGCGAUGGCGAUGUUGACCUCAGAAGAGGCGAGCAAACUCCUCGACUUCUCGCAGAAGCUCGACAUCAAUCUGCUCGAUAAGAUUGUCGAGGUGGUAUACGCAUCGCAGGGCGAUCAGCUGCGCCUUGCCCAAGACAUAUUGACCACACUCAAGGAGCAUCCGGAGGCAUGGACGCGCGUCGAUAGCAUUCUCGAAUAUUCACAGAACCAGCAAACAAAGUUCUAUGCCCUCCAAAUACUCGAGGAGGUGAUCAAGACCCGCUGGAAGGUGCUGCCGCGCAAUCAGUGCGAGGGCAUCAAGAAAUAUGUAGUCAGCCUGAUCAUCAAGACAUCCUCCGAUCCCACUGUGAUGGAGCAGAACAAAGUCUAUCUGAACAAAUUGAAUAUGAUUCUGGUGCAGAUCCUGAAGCGUGAAUGGCCCCGCAACUGGGAGACCUUCAUUAGCGACAUUGUCGGUGCCUCAAAGACGAACGAGAGCCUCUGCAUGAACAAUAUGGUUAUACUGAAGAAUCUAAGCGAGGAGGUCUUCGACUUCUCACUGGGCCAGAUAACGCAGACCAAGGCCAAGCAUCUGAAGGACACCAUGUGCUCGGAAUUCUCGCAAAUAUUUACGCUCUGUUCGUUUGUGCUAGAGAACUCGAUGAACGCUGCCCUGAUACACGUCACACUGGAGACCCUGCUCCGAUUCCUCAACUGGAUACCGCUGGGCUACAUAUUCGAGACGACGCUCAUAGAGACGCUGAUAUUCAAGUUUCUCACCGUGCCCAUGUUCCGCAAUGUGACACUUAAGUGCCUGUCCGAGAUCGCCGGCCUAACGGCGACCAACUACGAUGAGAACUUUGCGACGCUAUUCAAGGACACGAUGGUGCAGCUCGACCAGAUCAUUGGCCAGAACAUGAACAUGAAUCAUGUGUUCAAGCACGGCACAGACACCGAACAGGAGCUGGUGCUGAAUCUGUCCAUGUUCCUGUGCACCUUCCUCAAGGAGCACGGCAAACUGGUGGAGGAUGCCAAGUAUGUGGACUUUCUGAAUCAGGCCCUCAUGUAUUUGGUCAUGAUUAGCGAGGUGGAGGAUGUGGAGGUGUUCAAGAUCUGUCUCGAGUACUGGAACAGUCUCGUUGAGGAUCUGUACAAUUCGGAGUUCUUCCAUCCGACGCUCGAGUCGUCGAAGCGCCAGCAAGUGUAUCCGCGACGUCGCUUCUAUGCCCCCAUUCUGUCCAAGGUGCGCUUCAUUAUGAUAUCGCGCAUGGCCAAGCCGGAGGAGGUCCUGGUGGUGGAGAACGAGAACGGCGAGGUUGUGCGAGAGUUCAUGAAGGACACAAACUCAAUUAACCUGUACAAGAAUAUGCGCGAGACUCUCGUCUUUCUCACCCACUUGGACUGCGUGGACACGGAUCGCAUUAUGACGCUGAAGCUACUCAAUCAAGUGAAUGGCACAGAAUUCUCCUGGAAGAACCUCAACACGCUGUGUUGGGCCAUUGGCUCCAUUUCCGGUGCAUUUUGUGAAGAAGACGAGAAGCGUUUUCUGGUCACUGUGAUCAAGGAUCUGCUGGGUCUGUGCGAGCAGAAAAAGGGCAAGGACAACAAGGCCAUCAUUGCCUCCAACAUCAUGUAUGUGGUGGGCCAGUAUCCGCGCUUUCUGCGUGCCCAUUGGAAAUUCCUGAAGACUGUGGUUAACAAACUGUUUGAAUUUAUGCACGAGACACACGAUGGCGUGCAGGACAUGGCCUGCGAUACGUUCAUUAAGAUCGCCAUCAAGUGCCGCCGCUACUUUGUCACCAUCCAGCCAAACGAGGCAUGCACAUUCAUUGACGAGAUUCUCAGCACAAUGAGCAGCAUCAUCUGUGAUCUGCAGCCGCAGCAGGUACACACCUUCUACGAAGCUGUCGGCUAUAUGAUCUCCGCACAGGUGGAUCAGGUACAACAGGACGCGCUUAUCGAACGCUAUAUGCAGCUGCCCAAUCAGGUCUGGGACGACAUCAUAUCGCGUGCAUCGAAAAAUGUUGAUUUUCUCAAGAAUAUGACGGCAGUGAAGCAGUUGGGCAGCAUUCUGAAAACAAAUGUGGCCGCCUGUAAAGCACUGGGCCAUGCGUAUGUCAUUCAACUGGGACGCAUAUAUCUGGAUAUGCUGAAUGUGUACAAGAUCACAUCGGAGAACAUUAUCCAGGCGAUUGAGGUGAAUGGCGUGAAUGUGAACAAUCAGCCACUGAUCAAGACCAUGCAUGUGGUCAAAAAAGAGACUUUAAACUUGAUAGCCGAAUGGGUCUCGCGCUCCAAUGACAAUCAGCUAGUAAUGGACAACUUUAUACCGCCCUUGCUAGACGCUAUAUUACUGGACUAUCAGCGUUGUAAAGUACCAUCGGCACGCGAGCCAAAAGUUCUGAGUGCGAUGGCCACAAUUGUUCAUAAACUGCGCCAGCAUAUCACCAAUGAAGUACCAAAAAUAUUCGAUGCCGUCUUCGAGUGCACACUGGAUAUGAUCAAUAAGAAUUUCGAAGAUUUUCCACAGCAUCGUCUCAGCUUCUAUGAGCUACUGCAGGCGGUUAAUGCGCACUGUUUCAAGGCGUUCCUCAACAUACCGCCGGCACAGUUCAAACUGGUCUUUGACUCUGUGGUGUGGGCCUUUAAGCACACAAUGCGCAAUGUGGCCGAUAUGGGCUUGAAUAUACUCUUCAAGAUGCUGCAAAAUCUGGAACUGCAUCCGAAUGCGGCGCAGAGUUUCUAUCAGACAUAUUUCACGGAUAUUCUAAUGCAAAUCUUCUCAGUGGUAACGGACACCUCACACACGGCUGGACUGCCCAAUCAUGCCAUCAUAUUGGCGUACAUGUUUUCGUUGGUGGAGAAUCGAAAGAUAACAGUGGACCUGGGACCCAUACCCGAUAAUAUGAUAUUCAUACAGGAGUAUGUCGCAUCGCUGCUGAAGUCGGCCUUCAAUCAUCUAUCCGAUAAUCAGAUUAAAGUCUUUGUCACUGGCCUAUUCAAUUUGGACGAGAAUGUGCAAGCAUUUAAGGAGCAUUUGAGAGAUUUUCUCAUACAGAUUCGCGAGGCCACUGGCGAGGAUGAUUCUGAUUUGUAUCUGGAGGAGCGUGAGGCAGCCCUGGCCGAGGAGCAGUCCAAUAAGCAUCAGAUGCAGCGGAAUAUUCCAGGCAUGUUGAAUCCUCACGAAUUGCCCGAGGAUAUGCAGGAUGAAUAGAGUGAGAGAGAGAGAGAGAGAGAGAGAUCGUCAGGAUGUGUACACGCCCCCCCUCCCAACUAUCCACACCCCAAUUAGCAUGUUUUUUAGUUGAUGCUUGAUUGAGAAUGAUUCAGAUUCAGAUACAGUUGAAUAUUCAGUUGAUGACAAUGAUUGACGUAUGAGUGUUUCUCUCCAUCGAGAAAGAGUAUAAAUGUUUGUUUGAUUGAAUGCAUAUAAGUACGUUAUAUAUAUAUAUACACACAACACACACAUACACAGAGCACACACACACACAUACACAUAUACCUACCAAUACAUAUAAAUAUAGUUGCGUUUUGUUGUGGCGAAUGAGAGAGUGAAACAAACAAACAAACAAACAUAAUGGUUAUUCGUGCGCAAUUACAUAUACGAUUAAUAUGAUUAAAACAUAUUUUUGCGCAAUGUCCUCGACACCACAUAAACCAAGAUCCCACUUUCCCUCCCGCCUUCCUCCUUUCCACCAUUAUAUAGUCUAAAACACCUAAAAGGCAACCGUAAGAAUACCAUAAAAAAAAGUUUUGUUUGGGAAUUUUUUAAAUGAGAGAGGGUAUACUUGUAGCAUAUUGUGUAUGAAUGAUGAAUGAGCAAACACAACAUACACACACACACACACACACACAACAAAAAAACAUAUACACAGCCUAAUAAACACAAUAAGUUAAAAGAAACAAAAAAUAGUAGAGACAGAGCAGAGUUCAUAAUAAGCAGCAGCAGCAAGCAGCAGCAGGUGUAACAAAAAGUUCUAUGCAAAAAUUAGUUUGCAUAAAAUUAGCAUUAAUACGUGGUAAAGCAGAAUAUACGGCAUACGAAUAAGGAGCGGAGAAAACAGAUCAGAUCAACAGCCACACGAGUGUGAGUGUGGAACCAGAAUUUUUGGAGUUCAUGUCAUGUGGUGGUGUGUGUGUGCGAAAAAAAAAAUAGAACUAAAACGCAAUUACCCCAAAACAUACACACACGCAGAUACACAAGAAGAAAUACAAAAAAAAAAAAAAAAAACAAAAAAGAAAAGAAACAAGAAAAACAAAAGAGUAAACAUAGAAAUGCGUAUUAAUGAUCAUGUUUAAAUUUUUACAUAAUUAGUUUGUACAUUAAUUUAAAUAAAAAUCAA